UGAAUGGUACGGUCCUGCGAGCCCUGGAUGUUGCUAGAAUGUGAAGUAUCAUCCUCUCUGUGUGGGGAGAUCAGAGGGUUCAUAUUAUAAGGAACAUCUAGGGAUUCCAGACAGCAAACUGCAAGAGGCACCAGGACCAGACCAUCAUGACGCAGGGGAAGGUUUCAGUGAGUAACAAAAGUGCAGAAAAUGAGGAUGGACAUAGUGAGAUACCUACAAAAAAUCUCACUCCCUUGGCACCCCCAUCGUAUGAAGAAGCCACAACAACUGAUGGGAAGAAUACUUUUCUACAGACAUCAUCGUCUAUGAACACACAACCCAAAUGGACGCAUGAGGAUACUUGCACCAGUCCUGGGUUCAACAGUGGAGCUUAUUGUGGAGACACAGAGAUGCUGACAGCUCUGAGCUGGGAUGAUAAGGAGGUGCGCAGAGGAUUUAUUAGAAAGGUUUAUUCCAUACUCAUGAUCCAGCUCUUAGUCACUCUUGCGAUUGUGGCUCUGUUUACCUUCAGUGAGCCUGUUAAAGAUUAUGUCCAAGCAAAUCCUGGAUGGUACUGGGCUUCUUAUGUUGUUUUCUUUGUCACCUACCUGACUCUGGCUUGCUGCACAGGUCCAAGGAGACGCUUUCCAUGGAAUCUCAUUCUCCUCGCCAUCUUUACUCUCUCAAUGGCUUAUGUCACUGGAAUGCUAUCCAGCUACUACAAUACCAAGUCGGUUAUUCUGUGUCUUGGAAUUACUGCCCUGGUCUGCCUGUCAGUUACCUUGUUCAGCUUCCAAACUAAGAUUGACAUCACAUCAUGCCAAGGAGUUCUCUUUAUAUUAGUCAUGGUCCUUUUCUUCAGUGGGAUGUUUCUUGUCAUCUUAAUUCCAUUCCAAUAUAUUCCCUGGCUGCAUGCUGUUUAUGCUGUGCUUGGAGCCAUUGUCUUUACCAUGUUUUUGGCAUUUGAUACACAAAUGUUGAUGGGAAGCAGACGUUACUCCCUCAGUCCUGAAGAAUAUAUUUUUGGAGCACUCAACAUCUACCUGGAUAUAAUCUACAUUUUUUCAUUUUUCCUCCAGCUGUUUGGCACAACACACGACUGAAUAAGUGCAACUCAUAUUAAACUUACAUUAAACUUACAUCUGCAAAUGUUUUUUUUACCACACAUCUCCAGCAUCUAGGGAGCCCAGUAAACCUUGCCGUCACAUCAUUCUCAAAGAACCACACACAUGUAUCCUUGAGUGAUUCCGAAAUAUCCAAGAAUAUGUUAGCAAUGUGACAGACAGAGUUAUGUUACUGUUACAGUAAAUGUCAUUCUUUGUUAAGAUUAUUAUAGUUGUUCACUCAUUCAGAGAAUGUGCAGUCCAUUGUAGAUGACUACAAGGAUGGGUUUUAGUGAUGAGAUGCAGAGUUGCACAGUUAUGGUAGCAUAAACCAGUAACUUGUAGAAACUGAGGUUUUUAUACAGGAACCAGAAGGCUAAAUACCAGUGAAACAUUGCACGUUGAUCGUACUGUUGACAAAUUAACUAAUGAUCAUGCCACCUAUAACAUCUAAAGCUAUAUAAAUUUUAGUUUCAUGUUGCUCUAUAGUUUGUAUGUUUAUUUUCCUAGGGGUGAUAAUAUGGUCCUGCUUUUCCUUGUGAUGACUUUUAUGCUUGCAUCCUCUAUUAGCAGUAUUUACGGUGAACUUAUGCAAGUAUGCAGGUUGAUCAAAUAAAAGAUAUUAUUUUCUUGUGA